UUUCAUCAUGUUUGAAGACUACCAUAUUGUAUUUAAAGAAAGGCAAUUCAAAAAAUGGGCAUUCAAAGAGGCCAUGGGGUCAUUGGGUGAGCAAGAAAGGAUUAAGCGGCCUCAUGUAGUGGUGUUUCCUUGCCCGGGCCAGGGUCAUAUGAAUCCCUUAAUGGAGUUCGCCAAGAGGCUUGCCUAUCGAAACCUCCAUGUGACCUUCAUCGUCACAGAGAGAGUUAAAAAGCAAAUAAUACAAGCUCGGGAGGGGGCUGAUGCUCAUGUGCAGUUGCCCAAUAUCAAAAUUGAAACAAUUUCAGAUGGGCUUUCUUCUGAUUGUGAGGAGACCAAAGAUGUAGACAUGAUAAUUGAUUUGUUGAGAAAGGUGGGAGGUCUGGCUUUCGAACGAUUGAUAGAGAGGCUCAAUUCUCAAGGUGAUACAGUCUCUUGUAUUGUUUAUGACUCUUUAAUGAGCUGGAUUCCUCAUAUUGCAAACAAGUUUAAGGUUCCUUCAGCGUUUUUCUGGACGCAAUCGUGUGCAGUUUAUUCCAUCUAUUAUCAUUUCUACACAGGAAUGGUGAAAGCAAACAAUGAAGAAGAGAAUGUAAGAGCUGUCAUAGAAAUACCAGGGCUUCCACAACUAUGCCAAUCAGACAUGCCAUCGUUUCUACAGUCUUCAAAUCCAUAUGGAUCAUUGUUGCAGCUGGUGAUGAACCAAUUUAGUACCAUUUCUCAGGCUACAUGGAUAUUGGGAAACUCCUUCAAUGAACUGGAAAUGAGAGAGAUACAAUACAUGGAUUCACUCAUUCCAAUCCGAACGGUAGGUCCUCUUGUUCCCUCGGCUUUCAUAGAGGGAAACAAUCCACAAGAUCAAGAUGUUGGUAUACACCUUUGGAAAGCUGAAAAUUGUAUAGAGUGGCUUAAUACAAAGGAAGCCUCAACUGUCGUAUAUGUUUCCUUUGGCAGUUUAGCUAUCCUUUCAAAAGAGCAAAUCAUAGAGAUAGCCAUUGGGUUGAGGAAUAGUAGGCAUUCCUUUUUGUGGGUGAUUCGUCCAGAUCAGAAGAAUGAAGAAAAUACAAACGUAGAUGAUUUUCUAAAGGAUUUUCUUCAGGAAACUAUAGAUCAAGGGCUAGUUGUGUCAUGGUGUCCACAGAUGGCAGUGCUUAAUCAUCCUUCAGUGGGUAUGUUUGUCACACAUUGUGGAUGGAAUUCUACGUUAGAGAGCCUUUGCUCAGGGUUACCUGUCCUAACUUUUUCUCAAUGGAGCGAUCAAACGACUAAUUCUAAAUAUGUUGAGGAGGUUUGGAAGACCGGGAUAAGAUUGAAUAAAACAACGCAUGGGCUUGUUGGGAGGGAUGAGGUGGAGAAAUCUAUUAAAACAAUUACAGAAAGUGAACAAGGUGUGGAAAUGAGGAAGAAUGCUCUGCAGUGGAAGACAUUAGCAAAAGAUGCAAUGAUGAAAGGUGGAUCUUCUGAUAAGAAUAUCGACUGGUUUAUUCAUGAAGUCAUUGCUACAAUAGCAAUGGCUUGACACAUAGUUAUUGAUCGGUACUCAACUUCCUGUUGAUCAAGAACUCGAAAGUAUGUCAUCUCUUACCAUUUGUGACUUGGAUAAAUUUCAUUUGUACACGUUCAAUUGGAAUUUAUUAGUGCCAGAACGGAUAAGCGCUAGAGAUUUACGAUGAAUGAGAUAAUUCACUUAAUCUAUAUUAGAUUUUUUCAUCUUUUGAUAAAAUGGAAGGUCUAAUAUAAUAUACUGAGAAUCUAUAUUUGAUUGUUGCACACAUUAGAUUAUAGUGGCAUAGUUCUAUAUAAUAAUUGUUCUUAAGAGUGAGAAUAUCCUUCCACUUACUUUGGAAAAAUAAAUUAGUUUAGAAUUUGAAAAACAACCUAACCCGUAAGUUCAAGAAGAAUUAGUGUAUACCCAUAUUGUAAAAUUGAGUUGA